CAAGCAAAACUUUUUCCGGGUUAACACCGGUUACUUCUCUCGGAAACCCUUUGUUUUUAUCCUGUAAUGGUGGGAAAGUCAACAACUCUUCUUAAUUAAUAAAAAAAAAUCUUUUCCACAGGUAAUUACACAAAGUAGGAAUAGUCCUGUGUGAUUAGACCAUCUAUACUUGAAAUACUUGCCAUAUAUACAUGUUAUUAGUGAUAACGGUUCCAAGCCAGAGCUAUGGAGAGGAUGGAUGAUGCCAGUGAUAUUGUAUGGCAGGAUAUUAUACCUGACCAUCUUCUGCUUGAGAUCUUCUCCUACCUUGGCAAAGCUGAUCUAGGGAUAGCGUCCAAGGUGUGUUGGCAGUGGAACAGAGUGGCCCAAGAUGAAGUCUUGUGGCACUGCCUUGCUGUUGAGAAAUGGGGGAUUAAAGGUAAGGAUAAGUUAGAGGCUAGCUGGAAAGAGGAGAUGAAGCGGCUGGAUUGGCAGGUCCCAUGUGAGUGUACAGAGACAAUUCACAGACACACAGAUGAAGUACUAGAUGUGAGCUUCUCUCACAAUGGAACAAUGUUCUGUACAACAUCCAGGGAUGCUCAAGUCAUCCUUUGGGCUUUAGACCAGCCAUGUAAGGUAUUAGAUGAACACAACAUGAAAACUCAAUUUGACUGGGACCUGUGUCAGCUGUCCUUGUUCAACAGUAAUGACAGCCGUCUGCUUGUGUGUGGAUCAGUAUCGGUGCUCGAAGAUGACGGAAUACGGCAAGACGCAAACACUAAAGGACUUGGUGCAGUUUUCACUUUGAAGAGUAAAGAGAAUGCGGGAACAGAAUUGAUAUGUACCCACUUCAUCCCACUGGAGCCACCCACAUUGUUUGGACACUGGCUGACAGACAAUCUGGUGGUUGGUGGGCUGCCUUACCAGGGUCUUGGAGAUCUCUCCUUCAUUACGGUGUAUAAUGUUGAUGGAGACGUCGAUGUCAAGGAAGAUCCUACAUGGCCUGCUGGAGAGAAUUUGUUUAGGUUUACUGGCAACCGAUAUCACCUUAUGAACUUGCUCAUUGCGAAUGUGCCAACAAAUGUAGACAAGUCUAAAUUUUUCUGUGAUGCAUGUGCAAAUGCAUUCCAUCGUAAUGGUAGGACUAGGCACGAAAGUAAUGGAAGCCACAACUCGGACGGCAUGGGUAGUGAAAGUGACAGCUCUUGCGAUAACUGUUCGAACUCGAAGUUCAUGGAUAGAAAAACUGAUGAUGACAGGAGCUUUAUAAAUCCGGAGUUCGAAAGGCAAUGUAGCAGAAAAAGGCAGUGUAUUGACUAUGAUGAGCAAGGUUCAUUGGUGGGCAAUGGUGAACAUACAUGUACUAAUACAACACAAGCAGACAUAAUGCUUCAUUUGAAGACUCCAAAGGUUAAACAUUAUGUGAGCUUUGUGACCGGACUUCAUGAUACCAUACACUUAUAUGAAGUUGACCAGCAUGAAAUUCAGAGGUUACAACGUGUCAUUGACUCUGAAAGCUUAUGUGAUCUCAGAAUUCCAAGAUAUUCAUUUGCGUUUGAGGAUACUUACAUCACUGGAAUAAGUCUGGCUAAAGAUCACAGCGUGCUGUUUGUGAACUAUCGAGAACGUUUACUUCGGCCAGGCCAUGAAGAUGAAGAAGAUUUUGAACGUGUGUUUUGUGAGGAGAUAAAGAUAAGGUGUAUUGACCUGCAGAAAAUGGCAGUGAUGGAGGGGGUGGUCUUUCAGGGACAUGUAGGGUUCUCAUACUUUCCUGCCUGGUACAUCUGUUUGGAUGCCAGCCGGGACUAUGUUGCUAGUUGCAGUGAAGAUAACAGUGUGUACAUCUGGGACUGGCGCCACCAAUUCCGCAUCGCACAUCUGCUCCACGGGGAACCCACCCCUAACCCUUAUGACUCCCCAUUUGGGCAUACUACUGUGACCAACGGGGUGGCAUUCUCUCCAGUGGACCAGGAGACAUGUAUUAGUGUCUGUGACAGCAAGAUGAUCAAGGUGUGGAGGUCAAAACACAGGAUAAGGUCUCUGGCUCGGAAACAAUCGCCCUGGGCAGAAACUGGAUCUAGAUAUUCAUGAUAUGUGUUAAAUUUGUACAGGCUCUCCAGCCGUUCCUAGUUUUUCCUAGUUAGCUCCACUGGCCGAAGGCCAUGGAGCUUAUGUCGUCACAGAUUGUCCGUCGUGAGUGCGUGCGUGCGUAAACUUUUACUUUAAACGACAUCUCCUCUGAAACUGAUAAGCGGAUUUUGACAAAACUUCACAGGAAUGUUCCUUUGGUGGUCCUUUACCAAAAUUGCUCAAAUGGUUCCGGUCCAUUGCACAAUAUGGCCGCCAGAGCUAAAAAUAGCAAAAUCUUUAAACGACAUCUCCUCUGAAACGGUUCGGCAGAUUUUGAUGAAACUUGACAGUAAUGUUCCUUGGGUGGUCCUUUAUUAAAAUUGCUCAAAUGGUUCUGGUCCAUUGCACAAUAUGGCCGCCACAGCUAAAAAUAGCAAAAUCUUUAAACGACAUCUCCUCUGAAACAGAUAGGCAGAUUUUGAUGAAACUUGACAGAAUUGUUCCUUGGGUGGUCCUUAACCAAAUUGCUCAAAUGGUUCCGGUCCACUGCACAACAUGGCUGCCAGGGCAAAAAAAUAGAAAAACCUUUAAAGAACAUCUUUUCAGAAACCGAUGAUCAGAUUUUGAUGAAACUUAACAGAAAUGUUCCUUGGAUGGUCCUUUAUCAAAUUUGCUUCAAUGGUUUCGGUCCACUGCACAAGAUGGCCCCCAGAGGUAAAAAUAGAAAAACCUUUAAACGACUUCUCCUCAGAAACCGAUGAUCGUAUUGCAAUGAAACUUGACAGAAAUGUUACUUGGGUAGUCCUUAACCAAAAUAGCCCAAACAGUUCUGGUCUGUUGCACAACAUGGGCACCAGAGCUAAGAAUAGAAAAAAACAUUAAACUACAUCUUCUCAGAAACCGAUUAUCAGAUUUUGAUGAAACUUUACAUAAAUGUUCAUCGGGAUGCCCUUUAACCAAAAUUGCCCAAAUGGUUUCGGUCUGCUGCACAACAUGGCUGCGAGAGUUAAAAAUAGAAAAACCUUUAAGGACUUCUCGUCCGUAGUCUUCACGAAAAACAUUUUAACCUACUAGCCAGUUGGACUAGCAUAAUGGCAUAUUUUACUAGUCCGAAUGACAAUCUAGUAGUCCGACUAUUUUGCCACAUUAUAAAACUGUAUGCUUGAGGUAAAUACCUAUUUCAAUUGAGCAGCUUGCAGUUUGAGUAAACAUUUCUUUAUUAUGAUGCUCAUGCAGUGAUAGGGAGUGACAUCCUUCUGUUGGGAAUAGUGCUCCUUGUUUUUCAGAACCUAUGGGUACUAUGUAAAAACAAAAGGCAUCUUGCUUGAAUAGACUGUAAUAAUAUCAACAUGGUUAGAAAAGAAAUGCCAUGCUUUAAUAGCUUUGAUUACAUUUUACUACUGAAUUACCUCCCUUUAAUAGAAAAAAAAAAAUAAUGUCUUAAUUUUUCACGUAUAGCAUCUUUAAAUAAUUUUUAAACAAUAAUAAUUUAUGAGUAAACAUAUAAGCAUAAAGUUCUCACAAAAAGAUCAAUUUAAAAACCUUACAUUUAUACAUAGGAAAGUAUAUAUAGACUGAACAUUAAUUUUCGUUUGUGACAUAAUCUUUAUGAGACUUAAUAACAAGGGUCAUCUCAACAAAAUCUUUGACAAAAUGGCCCAAAUGGUUCCGUUCCGCUGCACAACAUGGCAGCCAGAGCUAAAAAUAGGAAAAACCUUUACACCACUUCUCCUCAGAAACCGAUGAUCAGAUUUUGAUGAAACUUGACAGAAAUGUUCCUUGGGUGGUCAUUAACCAAAAUUUGUUAAAUGGUUCCAGUCCACUGCACACCAUGGCUUGUCGUCGAAACCGAUGACCUUUUUUCGAUAAAACUUGACAGAAAUGUUUGUUUGGUGCUCCUUUACUCAAAUUGCCCAAAUCAUUUCGGUCCACUGCACAACAUGGCAGCCAGAGCUAUUAAAGUAAAAAAAAUUUUUAAAUAACUUCUCCUCAAAAAUUGAUGAUUGUAUUUCUAUAAAACUUGACGAAAAUGUUCGUUAGGUGGUCUUUGCUUGAACCUUUUGGCCAGUGAAGCACAGGCACUGAUGUGCCUCUUGUUGUUUUUUAAGUGCUCCUAGGUUUUCCUAGUUUAUCUUAAAUGCUCCUUGUAUUCCUAGUUUUUCAUUUGUAGCAUAAUUGGUGCAAGUUUCAAUUUUGUGUUUUCAUUGUGUUUUGGAGAUUUUCUUGUAGAAAACAAUGUAGAGAUGUUCAGCUGACUUGCCUUUGCCUCUGGCAGUAGUGGUUUCAUGUCACUGAUACAUAGUUUGGCCUACACCCAUGGAAUUUGAGGCUGGACUAUGCUGAGGUGACACCAGACAAGCAAAUUUACAGUCAGCUGAACACUUAUAAGUAAGGUUAUUGGACAGUAAGGCAGUAGUAAGAUAAUACUUUAUUAGUUAGUUUUUCCUAGUUUCUUCCUAGUUUUUCUGCUUGAAAAACUCCUAGUUUUCUCCUUGUUUUUUUCAAUUGUAUUGCUGGAGAGCCUGAUUUGUAUCUAAACUGCUAACUUUGUGUUUUUUAAGAUUCAAGACAAUUUGUUAUGAGAAAAAAUUGUUUUAUUUGAAAAAUUGAUUAAAAACAAUGACUAAAACUUUACAGUUCAAGUAUAUUGGAAGAUAAUGUCAAAUGUGAAAGUUAAAUUAAAGUUACCUUUCGAAAAACUGAGAAUUCAUUUAUAACCUCUGGCUUAGAAUUUAUAAUAAGUAAAAUAAAACAAUUAUGAAAAGCCCUCUUUUGAUAUAAAAGAAUGAUGAAUUUGGAACCGGUGUUAUAAUAAUUUUGGGGCUAAUAGAAUGAGCUGUAUUUCUUUCGUGUAUUUUGAAACUUGUUUGAUGUCACUUGUCUUAUAGCCAGUUAUUGCGAAAUUACUGGGACUGUUAGUAGUACUUGACCAUAUGCCCUAAUUGACAUAUGACGCGUGUAUAGUGUAUUGUCAUCGCAUUCAUGCCUCUAGGCGAUUGUUGUAUAAACAAGACAAACAAAUUUUAUGCACAACAACACACAUAUAGGCAAAAGGUAUAUUAUUUUUAUUAAAAAAAAAAAUAAUCUAAAAUACCGAUUACCGAUUUCGACAGUUGAAUACUGAACGUUGGAUCAAAUAUUCGAAUAUCAGUUUGCAUCCCUAAAUUUUAGACUACGACAUGAACCUUUUUGUGAAUAUGUUAAAUUUUACUGUUAGUGUACAAAAGAUAGAACCUUUUCGCUUUCACCCCUCGAUUAUUAAAACCAGCAUUAAUACUGUUUUUGUUCAAGUCUUUAUUGUUGGGGAUAUCUUUUUAGCUGAAUGUAUGAAUUACAAAUAAAUUGUGUGCAAGAUCAA